UUUCUUGUAAUUUUGGUUUUUCUUGAAGCUUCCUACUAUAACUAACAGGUUACACAAGCAUGGCCUUUGCUACUAUAUUAUAAGAAAUUCUAACGCGCAAAGGCACUCGUCAUCCUAUCCUUUAUAUAUAUAUAUAUACACACACUCUUCUUCCAUGUUAUAUUUCAAGUCUCAUAUUCCUUAUCUUCUUUUUAGAUCAUCUGUGUUACUUCUCUCCUCUCGAAACCAAUAAUUUUUAGUUUUCUUUCUUGUCUUGUCCUGCAACUUCCGAACAGUUUAUGAACAUGGGUCUGAGAGACAUUGGAGCUACACUGCCUCCUGGGUUCAGGUUUUAUCCUAGUGAUGAGGAGCUGGUUUGCCAUUAUCUCUACAAAAAGAUUGCAAAUGAGGAUGUUCUGAAGGGAACUUUGGUGGAGAUUGACUUGCAUACGUGUGAGCCAUGGCAGCUCCCGGAGGUGGCAAAGCUGAAUGCAACUGAGUGGUACUUCUUUAGCUUCCGGGACCGAAAAUAUGCAACUGGGUUUCGAACAAAUCGUGCGACGACCUCUGGAUACUGGAAAGCCACCGGAAAAGAUCGAACAGUGUUUGAUCCGGCGACACGUGAGCUGGUAGGAAUGAGGAAGACGUUGGUAUUCUACAAAAACCGAGCACCCCAUGGAAUCAAAACGGGAUGGAUUAUGCAUGAAUUUCGGUUGGAGACCCCACAUAUGCCCCCUAAGGAGGACUGGGUGCUGUGUAGAGUUUUUCACAAGAGCAGGGGGGAGAAUAGCAACAAACUCAGCCCAGAAUUUAUUUUCGAUACCACAGCAAAUGCUCCCUGUUUAAAUUCAGCUGUAUCUCCUGCAACUGACAGAACCAAUAUGCCUUAUGGAUAUCAGCCAACUCCUUUCUAUCAAAGCCACUGUCAAACUAAUUCUAUGCUAAAUCUUCUGCAAUUUUCGCAAGAGAAGAACACCGGUCACAUCUCUGAAAUCGGGUCCAAAGGUGGACAUAAUGAUGAUGAGUAUGGGUUCAUAUGGGACAUGGAGCUGCAAGGAAACAGCUUGGGAGAUCAUGGGGUGACUUCAAACCUGGAGGAUAUGAGAUUUGAUAUGGAUAAUAAUAUGGUUCUCCUAUGAACAAGAGCAUCCAACCUUACACCAGAAAAUAUUACUAAUUUAUCGAUGGUGGUCUAUUCAAUUAAGUUGUUUAGUAUUUUGAAAGACAGAAGUGAUGUUUGAUGAUAUGGGAUGUUGAUUAGAAGAUUGCACGUGGUUGUGUAUAUAUUUAGGGUUUAUAUCAUUUUACCUAUAAGUAGAAAAACAGUCAAAGUAUGUAUAAAUCAUGAAUCUUAUUCUGUUCUA